AUGCCGAUAACCGCUAAGCUCUUCUACUACCAGCGCCGCCGCCCGCCGCCGCCACCGAUUCCGGAGACCGCCGAGCCCCGCUGCAUCGACUCCUCCGCCGCCCGCCGCCUGGUUCACCCCAUUCGCUCCGCGCACCACAGGCCGGGCUAUGAUGUUUUUGGAGGAAGCCCGAGAGAGCGAGGGGCGUCUAGCGGAAGCAUAACCGAACCAACAAGGAACGUGCUCUUCAGCACAAGACAAAGCAGCAACACAUCAAAUGACCGACUUCCUGAUGCGGUUCAACAGGCCAAGGAGAGGCUUCAUCAAAGGCUCCGAAGUGUCGACCUGUUUCCAGGGAGAAGGCUAACAGCACCAGCUGUAGGAACCAUUUGGGCUGGACCUGAUCUUCCUUCUGAAUGUGAUACCUGCUCAUCAGAGGACGGCGGAUUGGUUAACCGGACUAUUCGCUUCAACUCCAACGCCUCCCUGUCAGGCCACAAAGAUAAACAGGUCACAGCAGAGACGUUUAGCAACGCGGCGGUGGUAGCGCCACAUGAUCUGAGGCCUGUCUCCAAACUAGGACAAGAAGCUCUCCAAGGAACAAUCGACAGUGACGACGACGUGGAGUCCUCAGUGGACUGUUCGAUAUGCCUUGAAGGAUGCCAUGGUGCAUCAGGCGGGCUGAUCCAGCUGCGCUGCAAGCACAUCUUCCAUUCGGCCUGCCUGGAGCAGUGGCUGCAGUCCCGCGCCGAUUGUCCGUACUGCAGGGCCGGCGUCGUCCUAUCCUACCACGGAAGGAGUGGCCUGGAGUAUUAG